GUCUCAUACUUCCUCACCCCGCAUCAGUUCAGUUUUUCCCCGCGGCUCCCCCUUUAGCUGCUCGUGCGUACUUUCUCAUAGUCAUCGUGCACCGUUUUGAACAUCGGUUUUGUAAAUCAUCACCAGGAACGGCUGGCUACAUCUCCGACCGCCAAUACUCUGAUUUUCAUCAAAUGGGGGGAGCAGACUGCAACAGACGGAGCCAAACGCCGACUUCACUUUGAACAGGCGAGUCCUCGGGAGCCCCGUCAUGUACUAGUGACAGACUGCGGUCUUAGAGCAAAAGGAAGCAGUGGACACUGGCAAAAAUGAGCGGCGGGGAAAUCAUCUUUCAAGGGUGGCUGAGAAAAUCACCCCCGGAGAAAAAACUCAGGAGAUAUGCAUGGAAGAAGCGCUGGUUUAUACUUCGCAGUGGCCGUAUGAGCGGGGACCCUGAUGUUCUGGAGUACUACAAGAAUGACCACUCAAAGAAACCCAUCCGUGUCAUCGACCUGCACUGCUGUGAGCAGGUGGACGCCGGUCUGACCUUUAAGGGGAAGGAGUUCCAGGGCAGUUUUGUCUUUGACAUCAAGACUUCAGACCGCACUUUUUAUCUUGUUGCUGAGACUGAGGAAGAGAUGAACAAGUGGGUCCGCUCCAUCUGCCAGCUUUGUGGUUUUAACCAGUCUGAUGAUGGUCACGAUGGUAGGUUACACCAUAUGCCUCGGUCUGUGGGAGCAGAUGUCACCGGCCCAAUGGCUCCUCUGAGUGAAGACCGCAAAUCUUUGGCCCCCAUCCACUCCAGCCAACCAACGCUUUUCACCUUUGAUGUGCCUGUGCGCCACUCGCAACUGUCCAACAGCGCACCUCAGGACUACCUCCUCCUCCACCAGUGCAUGAGCAGGAAGACAGAGAGUGCACGGAGUGCCAGUUUCUCCCAGGCCACUCGAAGCAAUACGUUAAUGGGAAUUGACUCUCCGGUGCAGAAACUUUCCUAUGGCUUUUCACAUUGUCUAAAUGGCACAGGGGCACAGCUGCAUGGCUUCUACAGUCUUCCUAAACCUGGAAAACAUCAGAUACCUGCACAUGAUGAUUCUGGCCAGGAGGCGUGCUACGUACUUCCGCGGGGUUACAGCUCUGAAGCACCGGCUCGGAGCAGUCUAGGCGAUCCCGAUCUUGAGAAUGAGGAGGUCUAUACCUUUAAAACACCUUGUAAUGCCCUUGCCACAAUGCACAGCAAUGAGCGGUCACCUGACAAUUAUGACCUUCCUACAACACCUGGCUCCUUCUAUCAGAUACCACGGACAUUUGACAAGAAUCACAAUGCCUUGACACCCUCCAAUUCUGAAUCCUCCUGCGCUCCUCCUCCCAGGCCCCCUAAACCUAGCCAGGGGUCUGAGGGGCAUUGGGGGAGUCCUCAGUCAGCUGGGAGCCAGAAUGGGGAGAUGACAUCUGUAGUGUCAGUCAUUCCACGAAGGAACACUCUCCCUGCUGUUGAGAACAUCAGGCUGCACAGAGGCUCCUCUUUUGAAACCAACAGCCAUCAUCGUCUCUUCUAUUUCAACAACUCAGGGCAGUCUGUUGAGUCUGUCAAUGAUGGGUUCAGCUCCUACUUGAGAACCCCAGCACCUCUGACUCGCUCAGACAGUGGUAAUUCAGAUGACAACUAUGUGCCCAUGAAUCCUGGCUCUUCACCACUCAGUGCUGCCCAGGCUGACAGUCCUAGGAAUAUCUAUAUUCCUAUGAGCCCUGGGCCACAUCACUUUGAUUUCCCAGGAUUCUCUGCAACAUUACCUGCCCGUAAAGGGAGCAGCGCCUCCUUGUGUCACAGGCCCAGUCGUCUCAGCGAUGUUACACCACCACCCAUUAACCGCAACCUCAAACCUAACAGGAAAACAAAGCCAACACCGCUUGAUUUGAAGAACAAUGGGAUCAUUGAUGAGCUGCCAUUUAAGAGUCCUGUGACCACAUCCUGGACACGGCCCAUGCCUGCUAUGAACUCCAUGUCUUCCCAGCACUGUCGACCCAUCUCUACACAAAGCAUUACCAGCACUGACUCUGCAGACAGCGAAGAGAAUUAUGUGGCUAUGCAGAACCCAGCAUCUACCUCCCCAGCCGUGAGUGGCACCAGCAGCCCAGCCCCUAGGAAAUGUGGUAACUUGGACUACUUGGCACUGGACUUCCAGCCUGGCUCACCCAGCCCACACAGAAAACCCUCUACAUCUUCUGUAACAUCUGAUGAGAAGGUGGACUAUGUGCAAGUGGACAAAGAAAAGACACAGGCACUGCAAAGCACGAUGCAGGAGUGGACUGAUGUGCGGCAGUCUACAGAACCUGCCAAGGGAGUCAAGUCCUGACAGUGACUUCUAGAAAAAUGGCCAAAACGCUUAACUCCAAACUUAAGUCAAGCAUCUCCAGUAACAUGUUUCUAUCAUUACCAUAAAUACUGUUUGGGCUUGUUGAAGACUAAAAUAUUUGGGCAAAAAGCCAUAAAUUAUAUUAUGCCUGUUGUAUCUGUAAUGAAUACUACUGCAAUGCACCGCUAGCAUGCAGGAUAUCAGGCCAAACAGGUAAAGUGCCCUGCCAAAGCUUCUAAUGCAGACUGUUAGAACAAUAUACUGUAUAAUAAUAUAUCAUCCACACAUUCAUUCAGUUCUUCAUAAAUACAUUCUUUGAUCAAAUAUGUUCCACCAUUCCUCUGCAGCAGUUUGUUUUGUUUGCAUCUAGUUGGUAAUUUACUCAAUUGGUCCUAUUUAAAUAACAGCACUGGAUAACUGAUCGAUGACCAUAUUAAUAUACUGCAAGAGUACGCUUCUCAGGAAUGCCAAGAUGCUCUCCAAUUUUGGCAUGCAGGCAGAGUUUCUCAUUCCACUCAAAUCUGUCAUUUGUGCUGAUUCUUGCAGAAGCAGUGAAGAGAUUAUUUUCACUGUGGGCAAUCAUUUCAGCUUAGCAGUGCAUGUUCGGUAAGAAGAAGGAGGGAGGAUAUAGCCAUACAAAUAUGCAAAGGCCUGUUUCAGAUGCCCUAAUGAUAACUGCACAUGAUUGUUGCUUUGGUUUCAAUUAAGUAUGAGCCAAAACCAUAUUUGAGAGCUACCAUCCUGAAUGGCAGGCCAAUUAUUUCAGUGAGGUUACCAAAUCAGAUAUAUCUAGAUUUAUGGAAAUUUUUGUAGGUUUGACCUCACUUAAUCCACAUUGGGUAAUAUUCUAAUACAUUUCAAUGUAAAUGUGUACUGACAGAGAAAAAUGAGUUGAUGGAAGUAAAAAUAAAAAAAAAAUAUGUUUCUUCCAAGUACUCUGUCCUCUUAACACCAUGAACACAAGGUAAGUAGAGAGAAGCAUAGUAUAUUUGUGUUUUCCAGAAUUCAGCCAUCCACUGACUUAUCUUUCGGUUUAAUAUGCCAUACACUACAGCCAGGUCUCAUAAGCAUUAUUGUAUGUAAUUUACUGACAGAAAUUCCUUAUAUUACAGUGCAUUUUGUUGACUGAUGGAAAACGUUGACAUACAUGUCUGUAUAGUGCACUAGAUUAAUGAAGCUAGGCAACUUGCCAGACUGAAGGUUUGCCAGUAAUUCUGUUCUCUUAAAAUAGCUAAGGAGAAAGUACAUUUCUAACUUUGUCUAUUUCUUUAAUUUGACUUACAUUUUAAUAUUAGUUUGGACUAUACAUUUUGCCACAACUGACUUUAUUCAGAAUAUAAUUCAAGGAAGAAAACCUGAAUGAUCAGUUACUAGUUCAACUUAAGUCCAGUAUUUCAUUGUGGGCUGGAACCACUGAGGAAUUGUUCCAAAUUUGAUCUUUAUAAGAAUACUAUAGCCAUGGAUGAUGUUAUUAUUUGCCUCCCAAUGUUUUCUACAAUUUUUUACUGCUUUUUGUAUUCUUUUUAACCAUUAUUCUUUACUGAUGCGUGUAAGCAAGUGUUAUACACAAGGACCAGAUCAGGCUUAAUGAAGCUAAGUGUGUUGCAGAGAUGUUUAAUUCAGUUUAAACUUCCAUUAUAGGAUUUUUAUAGAAUUUUUAUGAUCUCUUCAUAAUACGGGAUGGCUGGCAGUUCAGGUUCCGCUGGAUAAAUCAUUCUUGGAUGAACUGCGAUUCACAAACAUCCAGAGAAGAAAAGAAAAAAAAUUGAAGAAGAACUUGUCUACCUGUCAUUCUCUGAGAAGAAAUGGAUGUGUAAUUUAUUAUCUAGAGAGACUCACUGCAAGCGAGAAAGCUGUGUAUGUGUUGUGAUAGAUUGUAAGUUGUAGUAUGACAACCUGACGGGACAAGACUGAAAACACUGUUCAGAUCAACUGUCAGACUGUCGCUGGGCUGACGUACUGUACUUGUAGAGAUCAUUUUUUAACCACUAUUAUUGCUACUACUGUAAAGCAUUUGCUGAUUGCUUGUGUGUUAAUUUAUUAAUUUAUUGUGUUCUUGCUGUUGAUAAUGGUUUUUUUUUUUUUUAAGAAAAAAGCAAACAAUGAAAAUGUCUCUCUACUAACACUGAUGUAUGAAAAUUGUCUUUUUUUAAGCAAUAUGAGAAACUAUGCCAAUGUGAUGGUGAUGUGGUACAGUUAAUUUGGGAUACACAAGAAUACAAGAUGAUGCUAUUCCUGUAUUAUGGUAGACUUAAACUGUGGACACAGAAUAAACCAAGA